GAAAUUAAAAUUAGGAGGCUGAGUUUGCCCUAAAAGCCUUCUCUCUCUAUCUCAUUUCUCUGUAUAAAAGCAUUGCUCUCCCCCAAAGCGUUUCACAAUCUCUUACGCAGAGCGGAGACCCAUCCUUCCGACGAUCCUCUUUUUCUCUUCAUUCUAAGGAAGUUGGCAGUUUUGUCUGCUUCGUCUGCAGUUCAUCCAAAGUGGAGCUUGUUAAGUUUGAAGCUUUUUUUAUGUCUGAACGGUCCUCUCUUUUUCUGUCAUCAAUUGGAUUACUUGGAGAGUACUGUCCUACGUCUAGAAAAAAGAUCAGACAUUCGUCAACUAAGGUUGGCUGCAUGCAUCUUGGGUUAUUUGAGGGCCAUAGCACAGACUACAUAGGUUGCCAGUUUAUGCGGCCUUUCUCAUCUUCAAGGAACCUGUUUGAUAAAGAACAUAACGCCACUGGUUUUUGUCCCUUUUGAUUAACGAGAUACUGGUAUCUCCAUCAGUACAAGCAAGAUGGCGCUGCAAAAUAUUGGUGCUUCCAACAGUGAUGAUGCCUUUUACAGGUACAAGAUGCCAAAAAUGAUAACCAAGAUUGAAGGUAGGGGAAAUGGCAUCAAAACUAACGUUGUUAACAUGGUUGAGAUUGCUAAGGCCUUGGCUAGACCUGCUUCCUACACAACAAAGUACUUUGGCAAUGAGCUUGGAGCCCAAUCCAAGUUUGAUGAGAAAACUGGAACUUCACUUGUGAAUGGAGCCCAUGAUACUGCAAAGCUUGCUGGCUUGCUUGAGAACUUCAUCAAGAAGUAUGUGCAGUGUUAUGGCUGUGGUAACCCUGAAACUGAGAUAGUUAUCACUAAGACACAAAUGAUCACCCUAAAGUGUGCUGCAUGUGGAUUCAUCUCUGAUGUUGAUAUGAGGGAUAAGCUUACAACAUUUAUUCUUAAGAGCCCGCCUGAGCCAAAGAAGGGAUCGAAAGACAAGAAGGCUAUGAGGAGGGCUGAGAAGGAACGGCUGAAGGAAGGUGAGGCUGCUGAUGAGGAGAUGAAGAAGCACAAAAAGGAGACCAAGAAGAAGGGCUCGUCUGGUAGUUCUAAGGACCUUUCUAAAGGUACAUCAUCCAAGAAGAAAAGCAACGGCUCGGAUGAGGACCACUCACCAGCUCGCAGCCAAGCUGAUGAGAAUGACCACGGGAUUGCUAAUGAUGACAACGAUGAUGAGGAUGAUGUUGAGUGGCAAACAGAUACUUCUCUGGAGGCAGCUAAACAACGCAUACAGGAGCAGUUGAGUGCUGUUACUGCAGAUAUGGUAAUGCUAUCCACAGUUGAAGAAAAGGCCAAGUCAGGAAAGAAGUCUCCAGAACGGGAAGCCAAGUCUCACCAGAAUGGCAUUAAAAGCAAUGACCCCUCAGAAGGCCUUGUUAAUGAGAUAAAGGGAUAUCUGCAAAUGGGUUCUCCUGCAAGCCAGCUGAAAUCCUUCUUGAGUUCGCUCUCUGGGACACCUCAAGAAGUCAUUAAUGCUCUGUUUGCUGCUCUCUUUGGAGGUGUUGAGAAAGGGUUUUCUAAGGAGGUAACGAAAAAGAAGAACUACCUAGCAGCAGCAGUUCAAGAGGAGGGAUCACAGAUGCUUCUGUUGCAUGCUUUUGAGUCUUUCUGUGAUAAUGCAAGCCCUGAAGUACUGAAGGAGGUACCUUUGGCUGUUAAAGUGUUGUAUGACAAGGAUGUGCUGGAAGAGGAGUUCAUCCUAGAGUGGUACCAGAAGGGACUGAGUGGUGGCAACAAAAGCUCGCCAGUCUGGAAGAAUAUGAAGCCUUUGGUUGAGUGGCUUCAGAAUGCUGAGUCAGAAUCAGAGGAGGAGUGACUUCUUUAGGGUGUUAUUCUCUCACCCUCGGUUACAAGUGUUGCUACUUUCUUCAUGUAAUAAAGUUGAUCGUAUUAUUAUAGCUUCUAAGGAGUUGAAAUAAAAGGAGGGGUUGGGGGAGAGGGACAUUUGGAGUGCAUUUCUGUGUUCUGUGUCGGGCAGUGUUUUUUAGUUGGAUUCUCCUAGUCGUCAUUGGUUGGGUCUCUGUCUUGUUUACUUUGUUCGAGUUUGUCAUGAUGUCUAUGGAUUUGCAUUUUUAUGCCUAAUUGCUUGUUUGAA